AUGGAUCACUUGUUGAGAUCAUCGUCGCAAUCUUGCAGUUGCAGUGGUCGCGAAUACAUGCAAGCCCACCGUUCUCACGUCUGGCUGCCAAACAAAUGUAAACCAUUGUGUGCUGAGCGCAAAAACUAUAAUAGGCAAUUACGCCGUCAGAGCGAUCGAAGGUGCUUGCGCUUGUGUUGCGGCAGCCAAUCACCACGUCAACAAGGCAGCGGCGCACCUAACGGCAACGACGAGGAAUCUUCGGAAACAAGGGCUAAAGCUCGUAUAAUCUCAUCUCUUGUGACAUAUGGGCUGUCGGGCACACUGGCGGUUCUCGGGGCGGCGCUCGCACGAAUAGACCUUUUUGGACAGUUUAAAUGGCUCUCCACGGACGAUUUGGUCCUAGGGCUGACGUCCUCCUCCGCCCUGGUCGCCCUGGAGGCGCUGCUGCUGGCACCUCCCUACGACCGGCUGCUGGCAGGGGGGAACAAGCGGGAAACCGGAUCCGGGACGAGCAGUACGGAGCUGGGCGGUGUCCGGAAGGCGGGUGCUGUGGGGCUGCAGCUGCGUACGGCACAGGUGGGGGAGCUGCUGUCAGCGGAUUCGGUGGCGGCUGCUCUGGUGCUACAGCAGGCGUGCUUGGUGGCUGCACAGGUGGUUCGCCGGCCUGGUCUGACGCGCACGUCCCCCUUCCUAGAGUACGGGCUAGUACUGCUAAGGGAGGCCUCCAAGGAGCUCCUGCAGCGGGGCCUGAUGUUUACAUUCCUAGCAGCCUGGCUGGCGGAUCGGACUUUCGAAGCCGGCGCGGAUGACACGUUUGUGAUCCCGUCGCUGGUGGUCAUGACGCCGCAAUAUGAUGCAGUGGGAUUUGCGACGGCGGGUGUGGCCUCCGCAGCGGCGACAGCGGGAAUAGAGGUUUACGUUACGGACGCUGCACGCUACGUGACGGCGGUGCUGCUGACGGCGUCGGUGAUGCCCUUGGUGGCGAAUGAGGCGGAGGCCAUGCGGGUGGGUGUAGCGAGCAACUUGGCGCUGAUCAUGGUGGAACAACCGCUCCCGGCGGAGGCGGAGGCGGAGGAGCGGCGGCGGAAGCGGAGACAGCAGCAGGGGAAGCAGGUGGCAGAGGUUGCAGACGUGGAGGAGGCGGUGACGGAGGUGUACGAUGAGGAUCUGGAUUCGAAGGAGACGGAGGCGAUGCUGCGAGAGUACCGCCUGUAUGACGCAUUGGGCAGGUGCACCUCUACAGGUCCUCCCCGUCUCACCUACGCCCUCACCCUGCUGCGCGGUUUGCUGCGGUUCGGAGCCCCCAACCUGACGUUUGCGCUCACGGGGAACCUUGCCGCCUCUUUCCUGGCAUCUGCUGUACCGCAGCUGCUGCUGCUGGGGUACGUGCUGCGUGGACCCAUGGUUCUGCUGGAACGGCCUGCAGGGCAGAAGCAACUGCAGCAGCAGUCGGAGCGACCAGGAAGCUCUAGAUAGGCGUUGGAAGUCGGCGAACCUAAGCUGCGCCCCUUAAGGAUGUGGGUAUAAGUUCCCAAGGGGGCGGUGCGACAGAUCUUUGUAAGACAUUUUGGCUGCUUUUGUACAGGCAGCUGGCUUGCGUGCUAUGUCUUAUUAUGUCGCUGAUUUAAUUUCAAUUCAUUGGUUGAUGACUUGAGGAUAGCCAAAAAGGCCUAGGCAAUUACAAGAUUUGAUGUUAUACGUGCAGAGUUUUCAUCGGUGAUGUAGCUUAGGUAAUUCCCCGUUUCUAUUUAUGCGCAGACGUUUAAACUAAUCAAAUCCUUUUCCCUUGACUUCGCAUGCCCCGUGGAAGCUGCCAUACACGGUAGAUUGCAUUUCUUGUAAUUGCUGCCCGG